AUGACGACCACAGAACCAUUGACCAAGGUCGACUCGGCCGUGGAUUCUACCUCCCACGCUGAGGAGAAGAAGCCUUCUCAUCGGCGAACAAGUAGCAGCGCUUCGAACGUCUUCAACAUCAACGACCUUGAGAAGGAGAACGUCGACCUCAAGAUCGCCCCGGAAACACAGCAGCUUGGCUGGAAGAUCAACACCUCGCCUGCAACAAUUGAGGACAAGGAUGUGCUCAAGAAGCCUCUCUGCACUCCCAUGGUCAAGAAGAUCGACCUGCACUUCAAGCUUGGCUUGCAUGUCACGGCACGGAACCUCAAGGGCGUGACCAUCAAGGAUGCCUUGGACGUCAUCUUCAAGCAGUACAAGAAGAAGGCCGACGAUGAGCUAGAAGACCCUUACCUCGCCGGAUUCGAGUGGGAUCGGGAAGAAUGCUACACUAAAUUCAUCGUGCAUCUCAAGAAGGAAGCGAGCAAGCCGGCACCUUCAGGCAAGAAGUCGAAGAAGAAGGCCGGGAAAGAGUAA